GACGACGUGUGUAUGAUCAGAUCGUACAUAUGUGUGUAACAUACGUAUUUCGCUCUUUGCAAAAUCGCACUAUACGUGAAUAAGCCAUAACAUAAUUCCAGUGAAUUAAUUACAUCAAUAUAUUGAUUUGAAUUGAGGAAAAAAUAUAGAUAAUUCUUCAAUAAGUCUUCAAGAAUCUACAAUCUUUGGAAAUGGAGAGUUUCAAGUUGAAAAACUGUUUCCGAAAAUUGGUCCCAAUCAUAGCAGACGAAUUAUCCGAGGAGUAUAAUACCGAUGACGACGGUACCCGUUUGUCCAAAGUAUUCGACAUUGAUGCAAAAUUUUCUUUACUAUUCCAAAAACACAAAGAUGUAAAACUGCGAACCCAAAAAAUAAUCCACUACUGGAUCCUUAUAAAUGGGGGAAACCCAACAGUAACAGACCUUCUAACCUUACUGGACAGGAAUGGGAUGUCCAAGGCGAAAAACGCAAUUUUGACAAAGAUAUCCAUCGGCCGAUCUGAAUUAUUGGACAACGACGAACCAGGACACAUUUCGCGUCUGAAAGAAAUUGCUGCAGCUUCCGAAAUAUUUUAUGAUAAUCAAAGUCUUCUAGUCUAUGGCGAAAUUGGGGUCGGGAAAACGUAUUUUGUUAAACGAUUGCUAAAAAUUGCCUUUCACGAUAGUACACUAAUUGGUCCUAAGGAUAUCAUUGUUUGGCUGGACUUUACCAAUUUCUUGAAUUCUUUGGAAGAAACAUGUUUGAAUUUGGGAAUUGAUAUGAAAGAAAGACAACCGUAUGACUUAGUGACAGAUUUCCUAAAAGCUCAACCGGAUUUCGUAAUUGUAGACGGGUUCAGUUUUACGCACGAACUGGGACUAAAAUACCUCACACUGUGUCAAGACUUUCAGAAGGAGUUUUAUUUUAAACUAAUUGUAAUCACUGACGAUGAAAAAUGCAGGACAGAUUUUGAUGUAAUGGUUCAAAUCAAACCAUUCGACGAAGGACAGGUACUGAAAUUUUUACCAGAAUUGGGACACCUCUUGCAUGAAAUAACUGACCACUGGGAUAGGAACGCAGCCGUCUUGAAGAGAUUAAAGACGUUAAUGAAAGAAGGGACACUAACUGAAGAAGGCUUGAAAAUGCUGAUCGGCCAAAACUUCAAAAUUGGCAAGAAAGAUACUGAUUCAGAUACAGAUGUGUCUCCUAAACUUGCACCCUGCGAUGCAAAAAUCAUGGCGUCACCUAUCCACGUGGGGGAGCCAGUUCAAAUCGUUAAUUUCAAACUCCUUCCCAAUCAACCAUCCCGACUAGUCUUGCACAAACAAAAUCUGGAGCACAUCCUACGACAGGUAGGAAACACUCCCAUCUGCCUCAUCUCCAUCGCCGGUGCAUCCCGUCAAGGUAAAUCAUUCCUCCUCACAGUCGUUCUAAACGCGCUUGAAUGCUUAUCUCGAGGACAAACCGAAUACUGGAAGGAUCUCGACCGGUUGAAUAGCCUGAGCGGAUUUCACUUCAAAAAUGGCACUGAACGUGACACUGUUGGUUUGUGGUUAUGGUCGAAGCCAUUCUUCGUCACGAAAUCGGAUCGUACAAAAAUUGCUGUCAUGCUGAUGGACACUCAAGGAGUUUUUGACGCCUACACGACGGAAAGGGACUGGGCGAUGAUUGUCGGUCUCAGCCUUAUCACCUCUUCCUGCCUUAUCUACAACUUAUUCACCAACAUCCAGGAAGAUACGUUGAAAAUAUUUCAUAAUUUUGUCGAAUUUGGAAUGCUUUCACUAGAAGAGGAUUCCACUGCUACGAGUGCUUUUCAAAAGCUCAUCUUUCUCAUACGGGACUGGAAUUUUCCAAACACUCACGCAUACGGACCGCUCGGUGGUUCCGACUUUCUCGAAAAGAAACUAUCCGUGGAACCCAAUAUGCCACCGGAAGUUACCAAGGUGAGACAAACGCUGACCAAAUGUUUUGAAGAAAUUUCUUGCUUUCUCAUGCCCAACCCGGGCGAGGCCGCAAAGGAAAAUAACUUUUCCGGAGCUUUGAGUACUCUUAGUGAAGCAUUUCGUGAAAAUCUGCGCAUCUUUGUGGACAAUCUGAUUACUUUUGAUGAUCUAAAACCAAUCAAAAUUGGCAAAAAUAUCAUUGACGGAACCAGCCUGCUAAGUUACUUUGAAAAAUACAUUGAGGUUUUCAACGGGAAAACGAUGCCACCACCAAAAUCACUGUAUCAAGCCAUGGAGGAAGCCAGGUUGGGUUCAGCAAUUACAAACUGCUGCGAACAGGCGAAGGAAAAAUUGGAAACAGUUCUAAAAUCAUCUGAAUACAUUCCGAGCCAUGAGUUCAAACUGUACUGCGACACUUUAGCACAAUAUAAGGCAAUUUUGGCAGAGAAAACACAACAAACUCUUCUCGAACAAGAGUUGGAAGACAUAAUAGAAUUUGAAAAGAAAAACGUUCUACUUAAAAUUCGUCAAGAUUUUGAAAGAAUGGAUGACGCAUUUCAGAAGGAGGCUGAAUCCAAAAUCAAAGAGUUAGUGGACAUAGAAAACACAGCAAUUAGAGACCAAAAUUCCACUAGAUUUAAGGAAAUUGAACGCAUCUGUCAAAUAUUGCUCCACAAUUGUACCCAGCAAUACUACAGUCUUAUGAACCUUGCUUUAGGAAGCGAUCUAAAAAAUGGCACACAUGAAAAACUGAGGCAAACUCACAAGACGUGCGAAUCCAUGGUCCUUCCCAAAUUCAUGGGACCACUCGAAAACGAGUCACAAAUAAUCCGUGGCCACUUUCAUCAUCAAUUUAACUCUGCAGUCAAUCAGAUUCUAGGACAAUAUGCAGAAAAAUUCUGCUCAGCUCGAGAUGGAGCGUCAUCAGUUGCAACAAAUUUGUACAAAGAAUCGUUCAACGCUUACACGACAGCAAUGACCGCACUGGCGGAGUCUGGCACCGCUUCGGAAACUGACCUCAAGAUGGAGCACCAGUUCAGAGUUUUGGAAGCAUGCCACAAAUUGAACCAAAUUCAUAUUAUUUGCUCCCCAGAGGAGGGGAACGAGUUCGAAAACAAUAUGCGAGAAGAAACCACACACUUUUAUGACAAUCUUAUCGCUGAUAUGCAAAAACAUAGGGAACAAUUCGUGCAAAAUGCGGUAGAAGUUUACGAUAGAGAAAUUAAGAGUUUAGUCCAUUCCCCGGCUGAUGCACCAUUGUCAAAUGAGGAUUUUGUAAAUAAGCAUGAAGAAAUUCUUGGCAAAAUUUUGAGCAAGGUCUCCGUGUCGGAGUGGAUCACUGCUGAAAAUCGUCCAACUGUAAAAACCCAAAUCAUCCGAGAGGUUCAAAAUUCGUAUCAAGUUGCGCAAGCCAGAAACAAUUGCAACUUAGAACAGGCUGAAUUGACAGCGUUAGAAAAAUCUAAAACUUUCCUUGCCAUGUAUGAUGUAAAAAUGGAUGCACUGAUAUCCAGAAUUGUCCCACCCGUCCAGCAAACUGAGCUAGAAAGCACUCAUAAAAAUUUGGAACAAGAAAUAAGAAGAAUUAUAAUGCAGACGUUUGCAAAUUUGCCAAAAUACAUUGCUGAUUCAAUCUUGGCAAAAUUAAAGCAGGAUAUGAACAACAGUUUUGCAAACUUUAAGGAAAAAUUGGACUUGAAAGCCAAACAAGAUCAAGUAAAAAUGUCACAACUAAUUUCAGAUCAUGUAGAAAUGUAUGAGUCGGACAUGAAUAAUUUAAUUAGGACCUCAAAAAAUAUUACGGAUGCAGAGCUGGUCAGAUUCCAUGAACGAAGUAAAUCCACGAGUGUACGACAACUUGGCUAUGUCCUUCGCCUGAAGGAAAAUUUUGAUCGCGAACAAGUGCAGAAAGAACUUGAGGAGAAAAUUGAACAAGUUUUUUCCAAAAUUCGCAAGGAUACUUCCUAUCUUCUCAAAAAUAUUGACGCCCAAAUUUUCGAGCUGCGCAAAACUGCUAAAAUUAAAUACCAGAAAAAAAUUAAAGAAAGACAAAUCGAUGCUCAAAAUGAGGAGGAGGUGAGGAAAAUACACGAAAUCGUAUUAUCCAAAGUUUUAGACGAAUUUGAACACAGUUUUGCAGAGAUUGGAGAUAUGCAAAGGUUCCGGCAAGAGAAAGUUGCUCUGCAAUCCGAACUCCAAGAUUUACAUAGAAAAUUUGUCGAUGAUUUCCUUGAAACGAAUCUCCAAAACGACAAGAAAAUUAGACACGCAAUUAACGAUACCUUGGAGAGGUACAAGACACUGAUACAAUCUGAGUUGGACCGAUAUUAUUGUGUGUCGGAUACAAAAUUGCAAACCCUACACGACCGUGUAUUUUCCGACGUAUUGAAACAAUUUCAACAAACCGCAAAAAUUCCUCUAAACUCAAAUGCAAAAGUUUAUGAUGACCUGAUUCGACAAAAAAUUAACGAGGCUUUUAAAUUAUUCAAGAGUAAAAACAUCGCCAAAAAUGAAUCCUUGCGAAAUACCAUUAAAGAUCGAGUGGUCCAACUUUCCAAAAAAUUUGAAGCCGAGCUCAACACAAUAAAUAAAGUGGAUGACAUGACUUUGAAGAAAACGACCGUGAAGUACAUCAAAUUAUGCGUCGAUUCUGUGACCAACGAAUUUUAUAUUGAUGACGAUGCAAGUGUCGCUGCUUUAUGUGAAUCUCAAAUGACGGAUGCUUGUAUGAAUGUAAUUGAUACUUGGAAGCAAACUGAAGUCCCACAUGCCGAGGCGGAUUUCCAUCUUCACAAAGCUAGAGAUACCUAUAUAGAUGAAAUGGAUAAAAGUAUUUCCUCCCGUCCUGGAAAAUUUUUACCUAUGGCCGAGCUUCAUAAAAUCCAUAUCAAAGUCUCCACCCUGGUGAAGGACAUAUUCGAAAACAGUGUUCGACAAACUCCCAAAAUUCAGCAGCGGUUUCACGACAUGCUUCACGACCUAUAUCGAAAAUAUGAUCAAGAUAACACCCUCCGAGCAUCGGAAAUUGCAGAACCCUCGAUAGGAAUCGACCUGGGGACGACGUACUCUUGCGCAGCAAUCUACGACAAAGGGAAAAUCAUUAUGAUACCAGAUCACAGCACUCAUAAGAAUGUCACUCCAAGUUAUGUCCUUUUUGAAAAUCUGAAGCAAUUCGUAGUCGGAGAAUCUGCAAAAGACCAAGCACCCAUUUAUCCCGACGCCUCAAUCUUUGACAUCAAACGAUUGAUUGGACGCAAAUUUACGGAUGCCAUCACACAAAAAGAUAUUAAGACGUGGCCGUUCAAAGUGGUUUGUGACGGUGGGGGAAAGAAUCGUCCAAAAAUUGAAGUUUUUGACCAAACUUAUCACCCAGAAGAGAUCAGUGCAAAGAUUUUGCAGAAAUUGAAAGACGACGCUGAAAAAUAUUUGGGUCGCAAGGUCGAAAAUGCUGUUAUCACGGUGCCCGCUUAUUUCAAUGAUGCGCAGAAAUUAGCGACGAAAAACGCUGGGAAUCUUGCGGGUCUUAAGGUGAUGGGAAUCUUAAAUGAACCCACGUCCGCAGCAAUUGCAUACAGUUUGAAUUACACGGACGACAAGGAGAGAAAUAUUUUGGUGUAUGACCUGGGUGGUGGUACUUUUGAUGUAUCGGUGUUGACGGUGAAAGGAGGCGAUAUAAAUGUUCGAGCGGUUGGAGGAAAUAACCACUUGGGAGGUGAGGAUUUCGAUACGAACAUGCUCACCUAUUGCAUCCAAGAGUUUCAAGCAGAGCACAAUAUUCAGCUUGAUAAGGAUGGGAUUGAAUAUGAGAGAAAUUCACGACUUGGACGAAUCCGAGCACGAUGUGAAAAAGCAAAGAUUAACCUUUCGGUGUCAGAAAAAGUAAAAAUUGUUGUUGAUCGAAUUUAUCAGGAUUAUCACUUGCAAGUGGAAAUUACAAGGGAGAAGUUUAACGAAUUGAAUGAGCCCUUGUUUCAAAAGACAUUAACAAUUGUUGGGAAAGCAUUAGAAGAUGCCAAGAUGGAGAUAGAAGCGAUAAGUGACGUUGUUCUUGUUGGAGGAUCCACAAGGAUUCCAAGAGUUCAGGAAAUUCUGAAGGAAUAUCUCAAAGGGAAAAGUUUUAACUUGGCGAUAAAUCCAGAUGAAGUAGUGGCACAGGGAGCUGCUAUUUUAGCAGCGAUGAAAAGUGCUGCGAAUGUGAAGGAACUAGGUCAAAUUCAGUUGUCCGACGUGGCACCCUUCUCCUUAGGAAUCGAGGUAGUAGGGGGCAGAUUUUCAACCAUCAUAAAGCGCAACACAAAGGUCCCCUGUAAUAAAACGGAGGUUUAUGUCACAUCGGAAAACCAACAGACGGUCGUCAAGAUUUCCAUUUAUGAGGGGGAGGAUAAAGGCGCGGCGAAUAAUAAUUUACUCGGAAAAUUUGUGCUGAGUGGAAUUCCUCCAGCUCCUGCGGGCAAAGAAUCUAUCGAUGUCACGAUGUCUUGUGACGCGGAGGGGAUCUUGCAUGUCACUGCAACAUGCAAUUCGACCGGUGGGUCGAGGGACAUUACCAUCAAGUCGAAAAAGACUGGACUGACCGAAGAAGAAAUGAAGGACUUAAAGGAAAAAUAGCUUUCCUUGUCAUGCUCGGUGAUGGUAUGGCUGAAGAAAUCGACAUCCAAUAUUCUCGAAUAUCCAAUAUUUUGAUUUUUAUCUACUCCUGAUUGGCCCCACGUUUCAAACGCAAAUGGCAAACAAAGGUUUUCCUGGACACAAUAAAUAAUGGUUGCGGUGUAUCAAGC